UGUGUCUUUAGAGGACGUGGAUCCACUCGCAGACUAUUUCUCACAUCGCUGGGCUCUUAACCUUGAUACCGCGGCUGCUCAUCCUCUCCACCUUCGACGGCUUAAUCAGUUUGGAUGAGUUUCAACAGCUGCUCUUUAUGGUUUCAUGGCUCUCGGCGCAGCGCGGCCGCAGUGAGGCUCUCUCAGACCGACCCCGGUGACCCUGCGUGAACCGUGCCAGCAUGGCACAAACUGCAGGUGGCACCGACUCAGCAGCUCCGGAGGCGGUGACAGAGUCUGAUACCACAGCAGGGGAGGUGAAGCUUUCCAACUGAAGCGACUGCAGUCAUACUAUAACUACAGAGUGUUUUGAUAGCAUGUGGGUGGACAGAAAGCUCCAAAGGUUAAAGGCAGUAGCCUCAGAUCCUUCCUUCACUGCAAGCAGAUCUCCUGGAGUCAAAUGGGGAAAGAAAACACCUAAUGCAAUGGUCAAUAUAUAACAGAUUUCACCGGACGAUUAGUCGUGCUGCGUUUAUAAUUGACUUUGAGGUGAAAUCCCACCGAGUGAAUUGUUCAGUUUAGGCCCCGAAGGAAUGUUUAUUACUCAUUUGUUCAUCAUUACAAACUUGUUUGUAGACACAUCGUACUUUCAGCCGACCUGCAUGAAAUGUUCAAGGUUGUGUCUAGUCACUGUUAAAUAAGUGGGAAUAUAUAUAUAUAUUUAUAUAUAUAAAGAGCGUUUUGGAGCUGUUUCUUUAAACCUCCAUUGUCACAUGCACGGAUUGUGUCGUAGACUGUGGAGAGUUCAAGGUCGAAGCUACAACCUCAGCCAGAACCACCAUCAAAAUCAUAUCAGACACAGUUUUACGGGUCGUAAUUGCACAGAAGCUGAGACUCCGGGCGCCGGCCCCAGCAGCCAAUUAUCAGUUACUGAACACGCUGGUAAUCACUAAUGUGCUGCUCUUGACUUUUAUGUUGUUUAUCUGUAAAUUCAUUAGGAGCUAAUCACUGCUCCUGCUAAAAUGCAGAAAUGCAAUAUUCCUAUCAACAUGAAAUCAUAUUUAGGCCUUUAUUAGCAUAAUGAUAGAAAGAGUUUGUACUUUGUGUGUGUUUGUUAUUUAUAGGUUGUGGUUCAGCUGCUCAUACUGUACUGUAGCUGUUUGGGGAAAAAAGAACUGGCCAGUUUUCAAGGUUUAUGGUAUAACUAUAACUAUAACUUUUAGAAAUAUAGUGUAGUGCAUGUAUAAUUAUUACAAAUCUAUUUGUGACAUUUAUUCUGCCUCAUCAUCAAACAAUAUAGAUAAUAACAUUAUGUGAUUUAUAGAUGAUGUUGUCAUAUCAUAUGGACAUAUUUACUGUAAAUACAGUCAGUAUAUACAGUUCCUGUAUUUUGUGAUAAAAAAGAGAAUAAUUAGUGUUUGUUUGUUUGUUUGCUUGUUUGGUAAAAAUAUAUACAUUUUACAAUAAACUUAUUACAACAUUGGUAAUGAGAUAUUUGACGUAUUUAGUUCAUGUUUUACAAAUGUCUUUUCUGAGCUAUUGUUCCCCACACUGUGUGUUACAACAAUAUAUAAUUUAAUGUCUUUUCCAUGUUUAUUUUUUGUCUAAUCUUUUACUUUUACCAGUCUCAUCAUUAUACUGACAUUGAAAUAUAUUGUCUUUCUUUGCAUGUUUCACUCUGUGGUGCAAACGCAAUAAUUUUUAUGCGUUACAUGUUCUAGAUGAAUUAUAUUUUAUGACAGAACUCUACAUAGUACAGUACAGUACAAAAACUUCUUUACUGAGUGGUGGCAAAUGUUCGAUUCAACACAUGCAACAAACCCAGGGACAGAGCGUGUCCUACUGUACAAAGCGGUGGAGCAGAGCAGUUACGAGUUAAAGCAGUGGAGUUGACAUAGGGUGUAGUCUGUCAUGAAAGCUGUGGACACACGCUGCACCUGAAUGACUGAAUCCUGAAUGUCUAACAACAGUUAGACAGAGUAAGAAGGAGCAAGAAACAUCUUAAACCAUGGGAGGGAUUCAGUUAAUAUGUUUUACCUGGGACUUAUUAAACACUGUGAGGAUGAUGCUACAUGAGUACUACUGCAUUAAUCAGUAGAUCAUAUACAGGCAUUAUACCUCGUGCUCUCUGUCAGAAUGUGUACUUUGGUGUAAUUAAUUACUGUGCAUUGAUGCUAAACGAACAGGUGCUUCGUCGCUCUCCCUUAAAGAACAGCUUGUGGACGUUAAAGAGCCCAUCUGCAUCACUGGCACUGGCGAUGAACUGAUGAACACAGAACACAAACACCUUUAUUGUCUCCCUUUUGCUUUAGAACAACAAAGCAAACACUGGGAGUCUGGUAAUGUAUGCAGGUGCAAUCAUCUUCCAUAGCGACACGAAAUAUAGUCCUGAAGGGAGCCGCAGUAAACAUGAUCCGCGCAGGAAUCAGGGCGCCAGUCCUUUCGUUUAUUACUUUUUAGUUAUUGUGUUUCUGAAAGAUGUGGCUAAGAAAUGCACAGCGCUGCUUUUUUUCUUUGUGCGCUUUAGUCUUAAAGUGAUAAAAGGAGCAGAUGAAGAGGAUGACAGGCUUUUCAUGUGUAACUAAUGACCUGAAAAAAUGCUCCAAACAUCUAGAGGGAUCAAAAUCUGGAGAGUGUACUGCACAUAAAACCAACUCUGGCAAACAAAGUAGAUUAAAUGCAUCAUGAGGGACUCUUAAGGCUGCCUUUGGAGUCCAUUUUCAGAGGCUGGAGUCAUUACAGUUCCAUUUCAGAGCGAAAACAUCGUCACCAAAUUGCAUCUCCGAAACACAGACGUAGGAUUAAAUCAGACACCGCUCCCAGGUCUCACAUGGACAAACAAAGCCAGUGUACACUUCCAUAAUAAUACUAAUAAUGAUAAUUAUCAUUAAUCAUCUGUCAUGUUGACUACUUACAUAUUAAAAAGCUUUAAGCCUUUGAAAGCUUUUUUUUCCAUCAACUCAGUGAACUCGUUUUAUAAGUACAGCAUUAAAUCUGUCGUGAUUAUUUUAUUGCCGUUUGGGAGUAACUGAGACAUCACUGCAGCUUAAUCAUUCACUCAUUCACACAGAUUAUUUCAGAUGCUCUUAAAGUCAUAUCUGCCGUAUCUGUGGCUAUAAACAUAUUACUUAACUAAUAAGCAAUAAAUAUGUGUGUGUGUGUGUGUGUGUGUGUGUGUGUGUGUGUGUGUGUGUGUGUGUGUGUGUGUGUGUGUGUGUGUGUGUGUGUGUGUGUGUGUGUGUCAGGCGCACACACCUGCUGGUACUGUAUGUUUAUGUUGCCCACAGUUCGCGGUUCCUCAUUCCAGCUCAGGGUCACAGUAAUGGAGUAAUGGGGUUUUUCUUCUCAUAUGCCAUGUUUUCUUCCAGUCUGUAUCAAAAAUUAGAAAUCAGGAGUUGCUUUUUAGUGUGAGUGAGUCCACCUCCACCAGGGGGCAAAUCUCUUCAUUCUUUGUGUUUUACCUGUGGUCAAUACAAUUUUGUAAAAAUAUCUGGCUUAUUGUUUUGUUGUUUUAUUAUUAUUGUGCGUGUUUCCUCUUCGUAGAACUAAACGAUAACACGCGUUUCACCGGACCAGGUUCGGUUCGAACUCUGCGAUUCCCGACUUCCGCAGUUGUGCGCUGAUCUCCGCACACUGAUGCGCCUCACGGGUCACUUCUGCUCCGAGCGCGUGUGCGCGACCUUUGCACUGAGCGCAGUCUGCGCGCAUUGCGCGCGUUCGGUGCGCCGCUACAGUAUAAAAGCGGCGCUCAGCCUCCGAGUGAGCAACAGGUGGGACAGGUGAAGCCUCGGAGCUGCGGACGCGCGAUCUGCUGCAGCCAUGGCUCCAAGACCAGAAGUGACCACUGAAUCUCCUCCAAACCUUGAUGACACCACUCAUUCUAAAGAGAUCCCGGCGGCUUAUUCCACCAUUGACCUGGUGGAGAAGGAUCCAGCUGACGCAGAUCCCUGGGAUCUCCCAGAUCUCAAAGACACAGGGGUCAAGUGGUCAGAUCUGGACACUACAGGGAAAAUUAAGCGAGUGCUCAUAGGUAUGGUGAAGCUGAUUCUGCUGCUUGGACUCCUCUACCUGUUCAUUUGCUCCCUGGACAUUCUCAGUUCUGCUUUCCAGCUUGUCGGAGGUAAAGCUGCUGGUGACAUCUUCAAGGACAAUGCGGUGUUGUCCAACCCUGUGGCCGGGCUGGUGAUCGGGGUGUUAGUCACAGUGCUGGUGCAGAGCUCCAGCACCUCCUCUUCCAUUGUGGUCAGCAUGGUGUCCUCUGGAUUGCUGAACGUGAAGUCUGCAGUGCCGAUCAUCAUGGGGGCCAACAUCGGGACAUCCGUCACCAACACCAUUGUGGCCGUGAUGCAGGCAGGAGACAGAAAUGAGUUCCGCAGGGCGUUUGCCGGUGCCACGGUGCACGACUUCUUCAACUGGCUCUCCGUGCUGGUGCUGCUCCCCCUGGAAGUGGCCUCGGGCGCCCUGUACAAGCUCACCGGACUUAUCAUAGAGUCGUUCAACCUCGAGAGCGGCGAGGACGCCCCCGACCUGCUCAACGUCAUCACGGACCCGCUCACCAACUCCAUCAUCGAGCUGGAUAAAUCUGUGAUCACUGAUAUCGCCACUGGAAACUCAGCAGCUCAGAACAAGAGUCUGAUCAAAAGAUGGUGUAAAAAAAGGAGCAACACGACGUUCUGGAACGAAACGGUGGACAGCUGCCCGGCCGGCGUCGUGUGCUGGCAGGACGGGAACCAGACCAUGGCUGAGCUCAACGAGACGUGGACCCAAAACCUGGAGAAGUGCAAACACAUCUUCGCCGACUCCUCGUUGCCAGACCUGGCAGUGGGCCUCAUCCUCCUGGCUCUGUCGCUGCUCGUCCUCUGCACCUGCCUCAUCCUCAUCGUCAAGCUGCUCAACUCCAUGCUGAAGGGCCAGGUGGCCGUGGUCAUCAAGAAGGUGCUCAACACAGACUUCCCGUUCCCCUUCGCGUGGGUUACUGGCUACAUCGCCAUCCUGGUGGGAGCGGGCAUGACCUUCAUUGUGCAGAGCAGCUCGGUCUUCACGUCUGCCAUAACUCCUCUCGUCGGCAUCGGCGUCAUUAGCCUGGAGAGAGCGUACCCUCUGACGCUGGGCUCCAACAUCGGCACCACCACCACGGCCAUCCUCGCCGCCAUGGCCAGUCCUGGAGAAACGCUGGGCAACUCGCUGCAGAUUGCCCUUUGCCAUUUCUUCUUCAACAUCAUGGGCAUCAUGCUGUGGUAUCCCAUCCCCUUCAUGCGGGUGCCCAUCCGGUUAGCAAGAGGCCUGGGGAACCACACGGCCAAGUACCGCUGGUUCGCCGGCCUCUACCUCAUCCUGUGCUUCCUGGUGCUGCCCCUGUCCGUCUUCGGCCUGUCCAUGGCCGGCUGGCAGGUCCUGGUCGGCGUGGGCGUGCCCGUCGUGGCGCUGGUCGUCUUCGUGAUCGUCAUCAACGUGAUGCAGUCCCGGUGCCCGCGCUUCCUGCCCGGGGUCCUCCGCGACUGGGAGUUCCUGCCCCGGCCCCUCCACUCCAUGGAACCGUGGGACCGGGUGGUGACCUCGUCGCUCACCUUCUGCUGCAAGCACUGCUGCUGCUGCUGCUGCUGCUGCAAAUGCUGCAAGUGCUCCAAGUGCUGCAAGAAGGAGGAAGAAGAGGAGGAUGAAAAGAUAACAGGAAACUGCAAGACUGUGGAGAUGUACGACAACCCGGCCAUGUCCAGAGACGACAACGUGACUUCCACGCAUUUUUAACUUCAAUGAGUAUCUCUAGUUUGCGACAAAACUGAGGACAACCCUGUGCAAUACUGUUGUUUUAAUGUUAUUCUGAUUGUAGUGUUACUUUAACUACAGCAUAACGUGUUUCAUCUCACAUAUACCAAAACCAAAAGCAAACAUUGAAUAGACAACACUGAAAUGCAACACAUGUAACAACCCAGGGCUUCAGGGAUGAGCGAGGUUAUAAAAGAAGGAGAGAACGCGACUGCUUUGUGAGUCACGGCCACUAGAUUGUGUUGAAAGCAAGUUGGUACCACGUGGUUUGAGGAAGUAGCUGAGCAAAUACUGUAAUGUACCAGUCAGUGAGUCUUCACGGGGGCAGGCGAGGGCACAGCAGCAGGAGUAGCCGCUCUACUGAUCAUGAGCUAAAAAACAGAUAGAGCCUCAACACUGAAAAAAGGAAGAUAUGCACAAAGAGACCUGUUUACACUGAGGAAAAAAGACGAGUGGACCAACUAAUCAAACCAUUAUCUGGGGUUUCAGUCACUGAUCAAACAGUGGACAGUUGAUAGACACACUUCAUUGUCCUUUAUUAGCUGAUAUUAACUGUCCAUCAGCAUCAUGCUGGAGAAUAAGAGAAGAGUCGGACUGGACUCGCACUCUAUGGCUUUACUGCGGCUUAUCCUGAAUGUUAUUACUUGGUUUUACAUUUUUAUGAUAUGUGUGAGAGGCCUUCGGUUUUAUUUUUAUUGUCAAACAUUUAAUGUAGCAUUUAUGAUUUUUGUUGUUUUGCUCUUCAGUAUUUAAGAUGACAGAAUAUUUGUAAAUAAAUAAUUGCUAUUUUUAAAUUA